AAUAUGAUAUACACAACACACAAGAACCCAAAGACAAAACCUAGACACACACAGAAGAACAGAAGCCAGGUGGGUGUAUAGAAUCAGAAUCAUAUCAUAUCAAACCCAAACAAUAAUGCAAUGGAUGCUCAAAACGACGUCGAUAUGAUGGAUACCGACGCUCCUCCUCCUCCUCCUCCGUCGAGUUUGCCGGAAUCUUCUUCACUUGAAGUCGUUAGAGGAUUACUCACAGUAGCUCGCCAACUCAUUGAUCAAGGCAAACCUUCCGAAGCUCUUCAAGCGGUACUGACGGCAAUGAAAGCCAAAGGAGGUGAAGCGGCUGCGCUACAAGCACUAAACCGCGCUAAAGAACUCUACAGAAACAAAAUACACGAAACAACCGCUGCUGAUGAGCUGGCAUCAUUAUUUGCCGAGUUCGCGAUUGCCGAAUCUUUACAAGCGAUUCCUGAGCCACCAUCUACAUCUAAUAACGCCCCGGGCCCACCAUCUCUUGAACCAGAUGCUACCGGAACUUCAAUACUUGCAGAGACCGGAAGAAAACAAGUCGUGCUUGAUGCGUUCUCUGAUGGCAGUAGCUUCAUUUGUCAACAAUGUGGCGGUCUUGUUAGCAAUGACCGCAAAGAUGAGCACUAUGCUUUUUGGUGUGGUACUCGUUCAUGAGAUUUUACAUGUGACGUUUUACGCGUGAGAUUUUACGCGUGGGUUUCAUGGUGUAACAGAAUAUUUGUAAGACGAGAUUCGAUUCUGCAACAAUAAACUGAGAUAAGAAAAGGGUGUACAACUUUCAUUAGGUUAGCUCUUCUAUUCAUUUUUUUUCCAAAUAUAUGAUCUAAAACGCCUAUAUUGCAUAGAUUUUGCGUGUGUGCUUAUGGAAAUUUGCGGCCAAGUUCGAAUCUUGUAUUUGGGUUUAUACUUAACGGCUUAACCUAUGUGAAGGUUAA